CUCUCUUUUCGCUGUGAGUCAAGUAUUACUCUGCUGGUUUUCUUCUGUUCAUCGUUUUCAUAUGCUGCUGGCAUCGCUACUGCGUUGCUGGCACCUGAGAGUAUAGUCACGCGACUCUCAGCCUCAUCCAUCUCCUAAAUCCGAUCCAAUCAGCCUUGGCUCCAUGAUAAGCAUCAUCCUGUCUCUCCUUGAUGCGAUCUUCGGCAAAAAGCGUCAACGUCAUUGAGGCUGAGCCAAAGAUUGCACGAAAGGAUUAUCCAUCCUCCACAUCUAUAUUUUCGACUUCCCCGCCGUCCAUUUCCCUCGCCACCGCCACCUAGUUCAUGAAGACUGUCACCUCAACGGCCGAGAUCGAUCUCGUUGCCUGUGUUGAACAGAAUCCCACGGAGGGUCCAUAUCAUUCGACCCAGCAAUAAUAAUGCCUGGAUCAAGCACGGCGUCGUCCAGCCCGAUUCCGUCCACCCCCCGCCGAGGAUGCGGGCAGGUACGAGGCCGGUCGAAAGACCAGAGGGACAUGGCACAGUCCAAGCUGGGAGCUACAGCGGCUAUGAAGGAGGCAGCUCCAGGGCGAGAGUCUUUCCCAUUCGCGCCGGGUCAGAGCGUAAGAGACGAUUGACCAGUACCGGCGAGGAUGCGAGGUUGCAAUGGGGACGAUCUGGAGGCACGGCUGGACCGGCCCGAGACAAUGGGGGAUCCUCCAGGAGUAUCUUGCCGCAUAGAUCUGUUUCGAUGGUACUGCCUUCGUCCCGCACUAGAAGUUCCAUUUCCGCAGCAUCUGGCUCGUCAUUUGCAACAGCAAUUGAUAUCUCUUCCUCUCCACCGGGGACGCCUCGUUCUUCUACUUCUGGCGAACAAGUGCCGGGUCUUUCUCGACAGGAGAAUUCAACACCCUGGAUUAAUCAACCUCAUUCCAUUUCAUCUGUUCACAAUGAUCUACAUCCACCAUUUACGGAUAUGGCUCUCCCGAGAUGGCAGGCAGAUUCAGAUGUGUCAGAAUGUCCGAUUUGUGGGAUAGUCUUCAACUUCUGGCACAGAAAGCACCACUGCCGAAAGUGUGGGAGAGUUGUAUGUGCAUCAUGUUCCCCACAUCGGAUCACAAUUCCCAGACAGUAUAUUGUCCGCCCUCCUGAGUUUGUUGACCUCCUUCCCGAUUCCCCGCCAAUGCCUUCCCAUCCUCCACCGAUCGUCGAUCUCACAGGCGAUGAACCUGUUCUAUCAUCAUCAACAUCAGCACCAACAACAGCAGUAACAACAGAAACAACAGAAUCAACGACACUCAAUCCUGCUCUUGGUGGAGGCGAAGAAGUACGACUUUGCAAUCCAUGUGUGCCAGAUCCAAAUCCGAAUCCGCUUGGUUACAGUACUGUGCGGGCACAUGGCCACCGAUCCACUCAUUCUCUUUCAUCCACUAUGGCCAACGCAUAUCAUGCCUCAUCGGGUCCGAGCCAGAUUCCCGAAGCUCGUCACGAGCGACGAACCGUAGGUGCAAAUGACCGCCCACAGUUCUUAAAUGAACUGAACUCGCAACCCCGCCGUGUUCCCUCGGCCACCGGCAUAGCCCGACCACGUCGUUCCUUUUCCAGCCGCGAGGGUAACCCGCCCCGUGGACCUGCACCGGAUGAGGCAACCUCUCGAGGCACGCCAAGCCCACACCCGGGCGUGCAUCGAGGCUUAUUUGAGACCGACCCCCCGCCACGGACAUCAUCCGCGCAACAGAGUCCUCCGCUGCCACAUCUUCCGUCGGCAGCCCGCAUGCUUCCGUUUGUGGCCACGGAGAAGGACUGCCUCGGUGAGGAUAGCCAGGUAGCGGAGUGCACGAUCUGUAUGGAAGACUACGAGGUUGGGCAGAAUCUGGCCCGCCUUGAGUGCCUGUGCAAGUUCCACAAGCACUGCAUUGUUGAUUGGUUUGAGAGGAAGAUGGAGUGCCCUGUCCACAAGCUUUCCUAA